AUGGCGCCUGGUCGCAGCCGCAACCGCAUAGCCCUGGCCUUGGCUCUGGCCCUCGCCGCCUGUCGUCAUGUCUUCGUGGCACCCUCUUCGCCACGCUGGCGCCACGUUGCUGCGCGCGGUGCCACGGCGCGGCAGAAUUGGAUGGAGAUGUUGGAGGAGGCAGUUGGUACACCUACACCGGAGACACCGGACACGGCCAUCCCCAGUAGUGUUCCAGCCUUGGACCCUGAGCUGAUGACAGAGGAGCUUCGCGCCUUCGUGCUGGAGGAGAAGGGUCUGGCGAUGAGCGGCGAGGACUUCGAGGUGAAGACGCCGGAGGGGCAGCUGGUGCUGAAGAUCAACGGCGGCAACCGGGUGCCCAUCCCCGGCGUGGUGUGGGACAAGUUGUCCUUGGUCACCGCCGGCGGCCAAGAGAUCGCUACGUUGGAUCGACAAGCUUUCGCCAUGACGGCCUCUUACGACCUCAAAAGGGCGGAUGGGCAAAAGUUUGGGCGCAUCUCCAAAGCAAUGUUUGCGUUCACCAGUACCUUUGAACUCUACCAGGAGGAUGAUCCUGAGGGCGGUCCUUUGCUGAAAGCCGAAGGCUCCUUCAGCGAUAAGAACUAUGUCAUGAAAUCGCGUUCCGGUCGAGUCGUGGCCACCGUCACGCGUUUGAAGGGCUUCACAGGGGGCAAUGUGGACAACUAUCAGGUCAUUGUGGCCAAGGACGUUGACGCCAGCCUCAUCCUGGCCAUGGCCGUGGUCAUCGACGAGAUCCACGACGAGGAGAACCCCGACGCGGAGAACGGCGGCGAAGCGCUGCCGGACAUGUUGGAAGACGCUAAGGGACUGCCGAUGCCACGGGCGCCAGCCGCCAUGAUUCCUAGUGAUCGACCGCCGCUGGAUGCUGAGCUGAUCCAUGCCACGACAACAGCCUAUGAGCUGGAAGAGAAAGGACUCUCCAUGACUGGAGAAGACUUCGAAAUCAAAAAUCCUUUGGGCCAAGUGCUUUUGCGCAUCAGUGGAGGAAACCGCCUGCCAAUCGGAGGAAUGCCAGUCUGGGACAAGUUGACCAUCACCACUGCAUCUGGUGGAGUGGUGGCCUCGUUGGAUCGAGAGAUGAUUGCCAUGACGCCCACCUACGAUGUGAUCCGCCCGGACGGCAGCAAGUUCGGACGCAUCAGCAAAGCCAUGCUGGGCUUCACCGAAACCUUCGAGUUCUUCCUUGAAGGCGAUAAUGGUGGGCCCAUCCUGAAAGCCGAAGGCAGCUUCAGCGAGAGAAAUUUUGAGUUCAAGAGCCGCGAUGGUGCCACCGUGGCCACUGUUGGCAGAGGCUACUACCAGACAGAUGCGGAGAACAGAGUCCUGGAAUGCGAAAGCAGCUGUAGGUUGUUGGGGGAAGGAUUGGAGCUCAACAUCAACAGCCAACAGCUUCGUCCUGGUUGA